CCGCACUCCUCCUUCCCCGCCCCGGUAGUCGAGUCCUCCUCGCUGCUGCGGCCUUCGGGGUCCCCCUCACCCUCCGCCCCGAGGCCACCUCGCACCGCGUGGGGGGCCCUCCUGCGCAUGCGCGCGGCCCGUCCUCUGCGGCCCCCCCCCCUCCCCCCAGGGUCCGUCGGGGGCUCCCCAGGGCUCUGGCUCCUGCGCUGUGUCUUGCCACAGCCGACCCCCCCCCCCCGCCUUUCCACCGGUGAAAUGGCCCGUCGGCAGUUCCCCCGGGCCCGCGGGGCGGCCCGAGUUCGUCCGGGGCCGUGGGGGAGAAGAUAGCGACUGCCGGAGCUUCCCCUGCUGCGGCCAACUCUCGCCAAGCAGGCGGCUCUUCUGCCCCCGGUGGUUUUUGGUUUGUGGUUGCGGCUGUCCUAGAGUUCCCGUGGUCCCCGAGUGAGAAGUGCAGUGCACUCUGGGCCAAGAAGUUUUUGCUCCUCUGAAGCUGUUCUGCCUGUGUCCUCAGGGUUCUGUGUCUCUUCGAUACCUGCUUUGGUGAGCCCCAGGCAGGCUCUCCACCCCUUCCCGGGGUCAUUGUGGAAGGACCAUGGCAGACACCGGGGAGGGGAAAAAGGAGGAAGCUGAUUAUAAAAGACUUCACAGCUUUCCACUGAUCAGGCACACGGACAUGCCAGAGGAGAUGCGUGUGGAAGCCAUGGAGCUGUGUGUCACAGCAUGUGAGAAAUAUGCCACCAACAACGAGAGUGCUGCCAAGAUGAUCAAAGAGAUGAUGGACAAGAAAUUUGGGUCCUCCUGGCAUGUGGUGAUUGGGGAAGGUUUUGGCUUUGAGAUCACUCACGAGGUGAAGAAUCUGCUCUACAUGUUCUUUGGUGGCAGCCUGGCUGUGUGUGUCUGGAAGUGCUCAUGACAUCUGGCUGGGUCCCAGACUUACUGCAUACAUGAGAUUCUUCCUUCUCUUCACAGGUUUUGUACAAUCUGGAGGUGGGGCUUUAUUUUUCAUAGUAAAACUUUGAGAUUUUUUUUUUCAUACUGAUGUACCAAUUCCAUGGGAUACAUAUUGUUGGGGUGGGUGUGUGCAUGUGUGUGUGCACCAAGUUAUCUAGUCCUUGUCCAGGGAAUAUCUCAUCUGAUUGUGGCUCUUUUCUUGGCAGUUGAAUCUAAGCAGGAAGAAGGUGGUAAAUAGGUAACUCAUGAGACACUAUGCAGCCAUAUAGCAGCACUAGGAGGGGGAGGUAAAAGAGAAAAGGUGCUAUCUAGCACUCUGUUUUUCCUCCCACUUGUUCCACGUUGUGUUCUUUCUUCUCUGCCUUCCCUACUACUGCAUGGAAUGGCUCUGACCAAUGACUGUCUCUCCUCUGAAUUCCAAUGUUAACAGCAUUUUCUUCCUCCCUAAGAUGACCGUAGAGAACUGGUUGUGUCAAGGAUCUCCCUUUGGGUUAUCCAUGGAGGUGUUAGCUACAGAAAAGCAGACUUAGCAUACCCCGCUCCCCGCUUGCUUUGGGAAGGUGCAACAGCUGAGCUGCCUGGGUGUAGGAGGUUGCUAUGCAAACUACCCCCUCUUUUCUCACCCACUGCACACUGAGAUAGCAUUAAAACACAGGCAGUUGAUGAUGUCUGGGGAGUGGGUGAGAACUCUUCAUAAGGCUUGAUUGCUUCUCUGUCAGUUUUUGGGGGUGUCAUGAGAGAUAUCACUUGGUCAUCAGAGACUUAAUGUCUUUUUGGACUUGCAUUCCUUUAGCCUGUUUCAUUUUUUUAAAGCUGUCAGUGUUGGAGGAUGGAGUGUAUGUAAUUGUAUUUUACAUAUAUGACAUAUUUAUAGAAAUCUGGGAAACUGUUUUUACAAUAAAAAAAACAGUAAAAUGUC